UUGAACACUUUACCAAAUAUGGCCACUGCGGGGCGUGGGAUUCAGACUGAUGCAUUCACGGAAACCUCUGCCCUACGGCGACGACAAUGAGCUGGAACUCCCGAGUCUACUAGAGACUGACACAUUCCAACAGAGGGAAAGUGCCCGACAGGAAGCCAACACAGGAUCCAGUUGAAAGUCACAUUGCGAUCCUAGACUCACGUAGUCGAUCCUGACUGACAUCCCACCAUGCCGGUGACCUGGUUCCCAACAUCCCAGCUGCUAUGGGUGCGCAUCGCUGCAGUGCUGUUCACCUGCACCGCUUUCAGUGUGGUAGCAAAUGGCGGCAGUCUCCCCCACGGAGGUAUGGCGGACUGGUGCAUCUUCAGCUGGGCUUUCAGCUUCGCCUGUACCCUGCUGGUCCUGCUGGUGGAGCAGUGCAGCCUCCAGUCCCGAAUCCCUGUCUCCUGGUCCAACUUCCCCAUCACAGUCGCCUGCUACGCCUCCCUCCUCUGCCUCUCGGCCUCUAUCAUUUUCCCUGUGUUUUUCCUCAAGAGCCAGUAUCUCUCCCAGGACACGCGCGAUCAUCGCAUCGCGUCCACGGUCUUCUCCUGCCUGGCAACAGUUGCCUACAUGGUGGAGGUGAGCCUGUCCAAGGCCAGGCCAGGAGAAGUGGCGGGUUACAUGAAAACUGCUCCAGGUCUGAUGAAGGUGUGCCAAACCUUUGUUGCCUGCAUUAUCUUCAUCCUGGUCAGCGACCCCGUGUCCUAUGACCACCACCCGGCGCUGAAGUGGUGCAUGGCGGUGUACUGCAUCUGCUUCAUCCUCUCCAUGGCCGUGGUGGUGCUGUGCGUGGGAGAGUGCACCGGCUGCCUCCCCGUUCCCUUCUCCAAGUUCCUGUCUGCCUACGGGCUCUUGGCCGUCAUCAUGUACCUGACGGCCACCAUCCUCUGGCCCAUUUUCCAAUUCGACAAGAAGUACAGCAGAGGGGGAGACCAGCCAAAACUGAUCACCGUGGCCGUCCUCACCGCUCUCAACUUCCUGCUGUACCUCGCCGAUCUGGCCUACAGCGCCAGGCUGGUGUUUGUGAGCGCCUGAGCAGAGCUGAGACAAAGGACCCCCGGGGAGGGGCGGGGGGGGGACUGAUGGUGAAUUCAUGACAGAAGGCAAACAAUCUUCCAAAUGUUAGAUUGUACUAAGAAAGUACCAAAUACAUGUGUGUUUGUUUGCGUAGUCACAAUGCUGCCUUACAGUAUUUUCUGUUUUGAUGUGAAGUGGCUUUUUUAAAGAUUUAUUUCUAUUGUGUCUGAAGCAAGUAUUACACAAACGGAAAACAUUUAGUUUGGGUUUUUGUUCCAAGGGGUGUAACCGAAAGAAAAAAAAAAAAAAAGGGUCAACACACUGGAACACAAAGGAAUACCAACGGCGUUUGGACACUUAUAAUAACCCAACAUGCAGUAUUUGUCUGUCAUAUUUUUUACUGCCUUUUUAUAUUUAAAUGUUUGUGAUUUAUGUUUGCUGAUCAGAAUAAAGUGUAUAAAAUCUUUAA